AUGCCUGCAGCUCUGACUGCGAGGCAACUCCAACGCCGUAACACGCCCUUCCCUUUGCGGGGCUUCUCGACCGAACGACGCUCAACGCUCCCAAAGUAUUUCAUUGCUGAUCCUCCCUUCUUCGUCUUCUUCUCAAGAGAAGCAAGCCGCCAUCAAGAUGAAUAUCAGCUUGUAUGA